GGGGGUGGGGAGGCGGCGGGGAGGAGGCUGUCAGGACCCUGUGGUUUGCCCCUCGCUCUGCCCGUGCCUGGCGGUCUCUGAUAAGCCUUUGGACCUCGUGUUGCCAUUUGCAAAACGACUGCAUUCCAAAAGAGAAUUUUCCAGAAUUCGUCUAGCUAAAAAAAAAAUUUUUUUUUUUUUGCCGGCGGGUAGGGUGGGAGGAGUUGUGGGGGAAAGUUAACGAUGUUACUGUUAGAUUAGUUUUUCUCUACCUUGGGGACAUUGUUUCUGCACAUAAUGAACAGUAUUUUACAGUUUCUAAAAGGGUCGCGUAUGAGUGUCUCAUUAAGGACUGCCUAGCGCUCUCACAUACGGGCAGGAAUCAGUGUCUUUGUUUAAUGGCUGAAAAUUACCCUCAGAGAGGUUAAUAUCACACAGGUGGACUGAAACCCAAAUUUUUACCUUCCAGAUCCCACGUUCUUGCCUCUGCAUGCGUGUGACUAAAAUGAACUAAAAUACCUACAUUACAAUAGAUACAAAUACCUUUCAGGAAAGCUAGUGUGCGUUGAAACCGUAGGAGAUGCAGUUUGACCAGACACGGGGCAGACUAGACGAUUCUGCUGCAGAAAGCACUGAAGAUGGACAAGGGUUGGAAGAAGAGCAGAGCUAACAGUCCACCUUAACGAGGAAUCUGGGGAGUUGGAGUAAUUCCUUUACAAACUUGGUAAAAUGUCUUUCUUCUUGACAUGGAUCAAAGCUAUUUUUAUCACUGCCCUGGCAUUUCCUCAUUAUUCUGAAACUGGUUUUGAACCUUCACCAGAAAUUCGUAGACUCCCAAAGUGUGAUGUGUAUGUACAUCAAUUACAUUUUUGCACAAGAGAAAUGGAUCCAGUCUGUGCAACCAAUGGCCAAACUUAUUCCAAUACAUGCGUUUUCUGCAGUGAACUAUUCGAAAGUGGUGGAGCGUUUGAUUUUAGUCAUUAUGGUAGAUGCUGAUUCUGCCUGCGCUACACAUUCCAAUACCUUUUAUUGCGAUCCAAUUUUGUGGUAGAUUCUACAACCAAUUAGAACGUCCUCAGUCAGAGUUUAAAAUUCCUAGAUAAUCACACAAAGACUUCUAUGGCAUACAAGAUGGAAUAUAGGAUGUUGAAGAAUUUUUCCAUGAGCCUAUGAUUGAAAGGUUUUCCUUCUCUAUGUUCAAUUAUUCAAUGACAGUUGAAAAACUAUCUUAAUUUUGUGUUUCUUAACAUAAAACCCAAUACAACUUAAUAAAUAUUUCAAUCAAUCCAA